UCCAUCAUUUUCUCCAUCAUCCAUCUAUUCCUCCUCUAUCUCACACACAGACAACACACACUCCACAUGCACAUAUGUCUGUUUGAUUAGCGCCUCAGUUAUCAGACUGCACCGAUCUGGGUCGGGGGAGAGGAGAGAGGAGAGAAAAGGAGAGGAAACGAGAGAAGAGAGAGAGGAUAAGAGAGAAAGAGGAGAGGAGAAGGGUGGGAGGGCCUUCCUUUUUUUCUUUCAUUCACUCUGUCCUCUAGCAGGACAGGGGAGUUCUGUGACUCUGAACAAGACAUCAGAUCCCUUACUUCUACACUUCUGCAUCUCUACUGCUUUCUUUCUACAGAGGAGAAGUCCUAAACACUGACCGAGACAAGUGUAAGUGAGUGGCCAUUUCUGCUGAAUAAAGAUGACUCUCUAUUGGUGCUUCUGCCUGGCCGUGGCCCUCUUUUCUGGCUCCGGUGCCAUCUUUGCCCUUGCACCUGAAAAUGAAGUGCCAUUACACCCCACAACAUGGCUUGGUGAGAACAAGGUCACACCAGUACAUCUGCCUAAAGGACGCGCUCGCAGACUUUAUUUCACAUUAAAGAAGAGAGCAGAUUUGAUGUCUGUUACAGUGAGCCCCUGCGCAGUGCCCAUCGAAUGGAGCUUGGCUGUUCGGACCCUAAAGGAUAAACCACCUAAGAAACCACACUGGAGCUCAAAAAAGAGCAUGCCUGAGGUUUGGUGGAGAGGAUCUGGAAGAGAAGUCAGGAUUUACACUUACACCGGCAAUGCUGUAGACACCUACACCGGUCCCAUCUACGCACCAACAUCCAUCUACAUCCUGCGGCUGAAAUCAAAUGAGCAGGACACCGAGGUGUCUGCGUACCUCCAUGAAGGCCCUGGUCCCUCAGGUGCUUUCCCAGAGCUGCCAUCUGACCCUAGAGUACACAUGCUGGGGGUGGGCAUGACCAGUGUCACUUUGAGCUGGUCUCCGAGUUCAUCUGUUGUUGUUAAAGAUGGUCACCAUGGUAGUCGGCCAUAUCAUGAAUACUGCGUCUUAGUUAACCACAAACAUAACUACCGAAGUCUUUGCGCUGCUCGUGAGGGGAUCAGAAAGGAGAGACAGAAUUUACAGAAAAGAGAGAGGAGAGAAAAACAAGGCAAAGAGAUUGUGUGGGCAACACUAAAAGACUGGUGGUGGCAGCAGCCAGAUGCCCUUGUGGAUCAUGAAUCUUUGUGGGACAACCCUGAGGAUCCUGGAUGUGUGUGCAGGGAUGUAGAAAGUGUGUGCACGGUAUCAGACCUGCUUCCAGAGACACAAUACUACUUUGAUGUGUUUGUGGUGGACAGGGUUAACGGCACAAGUGCGGCAUACACUGGCACCUUUGCCCGCACACACGAGGAGGCUCGGCAAGCCGUCACAUCCUUACGAGAGGGUCAAGUCAAAUGGGUCACCCUGAGCGGGGAUGCAAGCAGUCAACAGGGGGAGCAGUUGUUCCAGUUUAAGCCUCGUGGGUGGCAACAGAAUGGCCUUCUCACCCUGCACACCUGCAAUGACACUAGUAAAGUCAAGGUCACCAUUUCCAUUAAAGGACGGGUUCUGUCUUCUGAGGAGGUGGGACACCAGCUGGCCCAGAUAUGGUUGCAUGGUGGCCCAUCAUACCUCAUCCAGCUUCAGGCAUUGGUUCCAGGCUCUUCCUCAUCUUCAAUCUCUAAAGGGGAUUCAGACAAGUCCAAAUUCUGUCUCAAAAUGCAGGCAUCAUCAGCUUACCACCGCCGAGCAGCACCAGUGUUUCCUGCCACUCUGCAAAUUAAGUCUUUUAACAAGCUGCGUACCUGCAACUCCAUUACGAUUGCCUGGAUGGGGACAGAAGAGCGAAGUCUCUAUUGUGUUUAUCGGAGGCAGAUCCCACCUGAUGCAAAAGACAUCAGACACAGCUCUACGGACCGCUGCCUCGACCCAGAGGCCCGACCAGCCAAUGAGAGAGUCCUCUGUAAGUAUUUCCAAGAGCUUAACCCACGUCGGGCAGUCACAACAGCUGUGAUUGGUGGAUUAGAUCCAGGGGUGGUAUAUGUGUUUGACGUCUAUCUUAUGAGACGCUGGGGACUUCCAAUUAAGUACCACAGCAAGAUGGUGAGAACCAGGAAUGAAUGUUAAGUGAACACGGGGGACAUCUCAAAAACAUCUUACUCAUGAGGAGGACUCAAUUAAGAGACAUUAAGCCACAGGGAAGCCAUGAUAAGGCCAGAGAAGAAACUGUUGGGGCCAAAAUCUGGUGCAGUGGAGGUCAGAUGUGACCACUGACAUAUAAACACACUAAAGGAAGACUACAUUCUCAUUCAGAUCACUGAGACAUAUGCCAACACUCAUAAACACAGAUACCAAGAGAGGUGAGAUCCAGCUCACAUCAGCAAAGACUUUACUGUACAAUGUUGCUGUACUAAUGUUUGUGUUGUUGUUGAUGUCUGUGAUUCUGUCUCUGUUGUUAAUUAUACAGUACUGAGUGUCAGAGAAUCUCCCUCAUCUCUUACACAAAAGAAGACUGUGCCAAAAUAUGCAAGAAAAACAGCCAGGGGGUUUGAGGACCAGCACUAAGCAGAGCUGUGUAUCAGAUCUCUCAAUCUGCCACCAGUAUCAGAGAAAGUCACAGAGAGUGAGGGAGGGGUGGGUAAAAGAGAGAUGGAGAGAGAGAGAGAAAGAGAGGGGUAGCGAAAGAGUAGUGUGAAGUCAGUGUGUGUUGAUUAUGCUCUGCUAAAGCAUGCAGCAGGGAAAAACAAUUUACCAUUUUGCUUCAUUGUCUUUGAUGUGAUUGUUGCGAUGCACUUUAGCGUGCUAAUAAAAACCCAGUUACCAACCAGACGGUAAAAUGAUCUGAAGUCAAGCUUUGACUUUGAUCAAGGGUGAUGGCUGAAAAAUUCCUUAAAAAAAAAAAAAAAAAAAAAAAUUCAUAGCCCUUAUUCAGAGUAGCGCCAUAUUUAAUUUUUACAGAAAUGGCAAUGAGGGUGUGAUGAAUACACAUACUGUCCGUUCAAUGGGUUGUACUGUCGGUUAAAUUGCUUUUGAUCGUUCCGCUGAUGAAAUAUUGAAAAUAAAUAUAUAUAUUUCCAAACUAUUUUAAGAAGACAAAAAAACUCCAGAAACACAAGCUUUGAAAGUUAGAUGUAAUCUAGGACAUUUAGGCCUACAGUUAAUGUCACUGAAGAGACUGCAAGCCUAUCCCUUACAGCCUCGUUUUCAUUCCUUUCAAAAAUUAAAUAAGGCGCUACACUGAAUAAUGGUGCAUUCAAAUCAUGCCGGAAUGAUCGUAUUUACAAGUUAAGUGCACAUGAACGCCACAACAAAGUCAUAAUUACAAGUGGGAAACGGUGGACUUUCUUUGAGCCCUGACUUUCUGAGUUUUGGGCGUGAUGAUUUUAUCAUGCAUUCAAGUCCUCUUGGGAAUUUCGUACUUACGAUGUCUGAAAUCGUAAAUACGAUGUGAUGUGCGUUCAAGUGAUUAUAGUCGGAAAGAACGAACCCAUUUUGCGAUUUCAUAUUUCUUUCUUUUUCACGUACUAGUGAAGGCACCAAUGCAACAAAGUUCAAUAGCAAAGUUACGCAUUAGGUGUAUAAUGAAUGCGUUAUCUACCUAUUUUAUCAUUCUUGCAUGGCCACAUAUAAUGAUGGGAAAUGUAUUUGUUGCAAAUGCUUGCCGUGCAUUAACCAGCUAAAUCUAGUCUUAUUUUCUGGCAAGUUGUCGUUAUUCUCCAAUUAACAGUACAAUAAAAUGCAUACAAACUAAACUGCACAGUCAAAAUCCUCAAGUAAAACUGAAUUAUUACCAAUAACCAUUUGCUUCCGCCAUGUUUCUAAUAUCGACACGCCCACAAAUCGGGCUCAAAGAAAAUCCGGAGUUUUUACUCAUAAUUACGAUUUUGUGGUGGCCUUCAUGCGCGUUAAACUCGUAAAUACGAUCAUUCCGAAAUGAUUUGAAGGCACCAUAUAAGAAUCAUGUAAGCAAACUGCAAUUGGAAAUAAUUAGUUCCAUUUGAGGAUUUUGACUGUGCAAUUCAGUUUGGAUGCAUUUUUGCACUGUUAAUGAAGAAUAACGAUUAAAAACCUGCCAGAAAAUAAGACUCAUUUAGCUGGUUUAUUGUUAAAAUGGAUAGAUAAAGCAUUCAUUUCACAACUAGUGUGUGGCUUUGCUUGUCAUUUUGUGUGGUCCUUAAAAAGCUUCCUGCCUUCGCUAGUAAGUGAAAAAGAAAUAUGAUAUUGCAAAAUGGGUCCGUUCCGACUAAAAUCACUUGAACGCACACCACAUCGUAAAAACUUCCCUGGAGGACUUGAACUUACCAAAAAAAUCUAUUACUAUUCAUUUAAAAUGAACUGAAUUGAUGUUAGGUUAUGUGAAAGUAGCACACUGAAUUAACACAUUUUUAUCAAAACCACUUUCAAUGUG